AUGACAAAUGCUCAAAUAUGCACGCCAGAUGUAUGCAAUAAGCAUGGUACAUGUAUUCCGAAUACUUCUAGUUCAUUUAUUUGUCAAUGUGAUCCGGGUUUUGUCGGACCGACAUGUGAUCAAGAAUUAGAUGAAUGUGCAUCGUAUCCAUGCGCACACAAUGGUACUUGUAUUGACUUAGAAAAUGGUUUUCUUUGUCAUUGUUUAUCUGAAUGGAAUGGUACCUUAUGUACAGAACUUAAGAAUCCAUGUCAAUCAUCUCCAUGUGGUCCACUUGGUAAAUGUAUUCAAACAAAUCAAGUACAAUUACCAUAUUAUUGUCAAUGUCCAGAUGGACAAAAUACAGUUUUUAAAUGUGCUGAUCCAAAUCCAUGUCUACCAAAUCCAUGUGGUCCUGGGGAUUGUGAAACUACUGCAAAUUUACUCAAUGGAUACAUUUGUCGAUGUCAUGAUGGUACCAUUCAAAUGACCAAUUGUUCAACACCAAAAAAUCCUUGUGCAACAUUACCUUGCGGACCACAAGGACGAUGUUUAACUCUAACGGCAGCUCCAAAAGGUUAUAUGUGCAUGUGUCAAAGCGAUGGUAUUACUUUCACAACUAUUGAUACGUGUCCAACAACGAAUUCAAUUUGUACGCAUUUAAGUUGCAAAAAUGGAGGAACCUGUGUACCAUAUACAGUUAAUGAACCAUCAUGUACUAUUGGACAAAUUGGUUCUACUUGUUGUCAAUGUCCUCCUAAUUAUACAGGUCUACGAUGUGAACGAGAAAUUGACUUUUGUUCGUCAAAUCCAUGUAAAACAAAUGGACGUUGUCUAUCAGGUAAAACUGGAUAUCGAUGUCAAUGUUAUGAAGGAUUUACCGGUGAAAAUUGUGAAGAAAUAUAUUUUCUUGAACUAGCUCGAAUCACAAAAUCAGGUUGUUUAUCAAAUCCUUGUACAAUUGGUAUUUGUUAUCAAUUAAAUCAAAAUGGACCUUCUUAUGUUUGUAUUUGUCCAGAUGGUACACUCAGUUUAUCAUGCAAUUCAACUAAUUCAACUCGAAGUUUCUAUGCAUUACCAACGAUACCACCACAGACAACAACUCCAAUUGUUUCAUUAAUGUUUGGUCAUAAUGCAAAAUAUGGUUCAGAAACAAAUGGUAAUAUUGUUCCAUCGAUUUCGACAUGUAGUCCAUUAUCAAGAAAUGCAUGUAAUGGUGGUCAAUGUGUAUUAGUUAGUGGAACAACUUAUGCAUGUCGAUGUCGAGAAGGUUAUACAGGAGUUUAUUGUGAAAAUAAUAUAAAUGAAUGUGCUUCAAAUCCUUGUGUGGGAGGUGGUACAUGUUAUGAUCUUAUUAAUGCAUAUGCAUGUUUUUGUCCUGAUCGAGUUUUUCGACCACAAUGUAAUACAACUGGUGUACCACCAAGUGUUACAGGUUCUUCAGUUUUAAUGAGUAGUAGUAAUCAUAAAAUCUCAAGUAGCCAAGGAGAUAAAUCAUUACAAUCUUGUCAUUGUCGAAAUGGUGGUUUAUGCUAUACAAGUUCAAAUGGUGCAAAACUUUGUCAAUGUCUCAAUGGAUUUACUGGACCAAUGUGUGAAAUAUCAAUUUCGUCGGGUAUAAGUCGUGGUCAAAAUCUAUGUAGUCAAUCCUUAUGUCAAAAUAGUGGAACAUGUCAAGAACAAGGAGGUACUCCUAUUUGUAUUUGUAAACCAGGUUUUACUGGUCAACGAUGUGAAUCUGAAUAUUUUCGUUGCCAAGCAAAUGGUCGUUUUUCUGAUGUAUCAAGUUGUAAACAAGGUCGAUAUUUCGAAUGUGUAUAUUUUGGACAAUAUGAUUUGGGCUUACCCAAUGGAGUUCUUUAUAGUCGUAGCUGUCCGCCUGGUCUUUGGUUUAAUGCAUUGAAUGAUCAAUGUGAUUAUCCAAGUCUUGUGCAAUAAAUUGAAGCAAUUUCAUGUUAUCAAUGUUCAAUGAAAUAUUCAAAUGUUGAAUGUAAUUCAAAUAAUUCAAGUUAUUUCACUGAUUGUCAACCGACAUAUGAUACAUGUUUAACAAUUGUACUUAAACCAGAUAAUUUUGAUGAAAUAAUCAUUACAAAAUAUUGUACAAAACGUAAUGCAUGUGAACGUCAACAAAAUUAUACACAUUCUUUAACACCUUGUCAACCAAAUGAUGAAGGUCGAAGUUGGGGUUGUGUGUCAUGUUGUGGAGAUCGAGAUUUAUCUUAUGAACGAAUUCCAUUGAAAAAGCAAGAUGCUCCAUUUACUAACAAUGAAAGCAAUGAUUCACUUGAAGACAAUUCAACAAUUGAUGAUAAUAAUGAGAAUGAAAAUGAAUCUGACACACCAUUACCUACUCAGAUAAGUCCACCUAAUCUUAACAUAAAUAAAAAAUUUCAACCAUGGGAAACACCAACAAAGCAAGAUUUUUUAAUAAUUAUCAUAAAUGAUGAACAAAAUACGAACGACAUUAAGCAAAUUAUAAAAAACGAUUUUUCACAACAAGGUUUCCGAUGGACAAACGAAGAAGAACAAUUACGUCCAUGGUAUUUUGGGUUAACAUCAUUACGUGUUCAUUUUACUCAAUCGCAAAGCAUUGACAUUGGGAGACUUUCUUUCUCUUCAUCUAUGCCUUUUUGGAUGACGUUAAAAAACGAAAAACAACAGUAUAAGUUAAAUAAGGAUAUGUGUAAAAAAUCAAACCGCCAUAAUCUACAAUCAGAUUUUGCUGUUUCACUUCGUUAUGGUGCACUUAUUGACUUAAAUCAAUUUUUUUAUUCAAAAGAUCAUUCAUGGGAUAACAAUGCACGUUCAAAAUGNGACAUUGGGAGACUUUCUUUCUCUUCAUCUAUGCCUUUUUGGAUGACGUUAAAAAACGAAAAACAACAGUAUAAGUUAAAUAAGGAUAUGUGUAAAAAAUCAAACCGCCAUAAUCUACAAUCAGAUUUUGCUGUUUCACUUCGUUAUGGUGCACUUAUUGACUUAAAUCAAUUUUUUUAUUCAAAAGAUCAUUCAUGGGAUAACAAUGCACGUUCAAAAUGGUCUAUUUUUUUAAAUGAUCAAUAUAAUGGUAGUGGUUCUAUUGAAUGGAUGAUAGAAGAUUUAAAAAAAAGACAAAAAAAACAGUUAUUAAUUUCUAAUAUUCAUCAUUCGAUUAUUGUUGUUCCACGUGAAGAAGGUUUUGAUAUAUAUAUUUGUCAAAAAUGCAACAUGAAUGAAUUUGAAGCUGAAGCUACAAUAAAUAAUAAUGAUCAAAAUACAUCAAAUGGAAACAAAGAUUUUUCAAAAAACUUUGAACAACUAGCAUCUCGUCCUCACUCCAAUUCAAAACCACGUAAUGCUGUACCAUUCCGUCAUCGAUCACCUUCAACAUCACGUGGUGCUGUACCAUUACAUUCGCCACAACAUAAAUCUCGACAACAACGACGAUUUCAAUAUGAACACUAUAAACGAGUUGGUAUCAAUGGUGGUUGUUAUUUUCCUACAAUUCAAUUUAGUAUACAUAGUGAUCCAUUUCGCUUAACAAAUAAUAAAAUACAAUAUGUUAAAAAUCGAAUAAAACAAACACUUGCAAUACUCAUUGAAUUUUUCCUUUCACAUCGAAUAACUGUUUGUUAUGGAAAUAUCGAUUCAAAUAUUGGACCAAAACCAUAUUUAUUUUUUCAAGAACAAAUACCUAAUUUUUCAUCAUUGAUAAUGAAAUAUUCAUGGCAAAUGCUUUCAAGUGUUGGAUAUCGUUUACAAAUUCAAAUAGAGAAAGAAAAUUUUAUCGAAAAAUUACAUAAAUUAAGUAAAGAAAAAAAUAAUCCUGAUGAAUUAUUUUAUCGUGUAUGUGUUUAUCUUUCAAGAAUAUUUUCAUUGAAACCAUUCGUUAAUAUAAAUAUAGAAUUACAACAUGCAAUAAUUGAAUCACAACGAAAACGAGCUGAUUCUGCUUAUGGUUUAAUUAGUAAAAUAGAUAUUGAAGAAAAAAAUGAAGCAUAUAUACCAUCAGUAUCAUUGACACCAACAACAAUUCGAAUAAAACCAUUAAAAUUAUGUCGAACAAAUCGAGUUCUUCGAGCUACUCAAGAAUUUGGUCGAGCACUUUAUCAUUUUGUUCUUGUUGAUAUUCGAGAUGAAAAUGGUCGAAAUUUACAAUCAUAUCAUUUUCGUGAUUUACAUGUAUUGUUACUUGGUUAUUUAGAAAAUGGUUUUAUACUAAUGAGUGAUAAUCGAAAAUAUAAAUAUUUACAUCAUUCUCAAUCACAAUUACGUGGAAGACAAUUUUGGUUUUAUCAUCAUAAUGAUUAUGAUGAAGAUCCUAGAAAAAGAAAUCUAAGUUUUUCUGAAGCUUAUAAAUGGAUGGGCGAUUUUGACAAAGAGAAAAAUCCAGCUAAAUAUGCUGCUCGUAUGGCACUUUGUUUUACAUCUACAACAGCAACUGUUCAAGUGUCAAAAAAUCAUGUUGAACUAGGAGAUGACAUUGAGAUCAAGGUCAAUGGUAAAACUUUAUCAUUUACAGAUGGUUGUGGUACAAUGUCAAUUGAACUGAGAAAUAAAAUACAACAAUUUCUUGAUAUUCCGGAUGACUUCACUACUGUCCAAUUCCGCUAUGAUGGUGUUAAAGGUGUUGCUAGUAUUGAUCCAGAUAUGCCAAAACAUAUUCAUUUAUUUAUUCGUGAUAGCAUGAAAAAAUUCCAUAGUAAUCAUGAUUGUUUUGAAGUCUGUAAACUCUCAGCACCUCGACCAAUAUAUCUUAAUCGACAAGCUAUUCUUCUUUUAUCAUAUCGACAAAUAUCAGAUUCAUCAUUUCUUAUACUUCAACAACAAAAUCAUCUUACACUUAUUCGUUCUCUCUUACGAAAUUCUAAUGCAGAAAAAUUAAUUCUUGAAAAAGUACCAUCAUGGUUUUUACCUAAAGAUAUACAUGAUGCAAAUAUUGAUUUUAUUCAUGAACCAUUUUUUCGCCAAUUACUUAUUAAUUCAUGUUUACAAUCAACAAGAGAUUUACUUCAACGAACGCGUAUUCAAAUUUCAUCAAAUAAAGGUCGAAAUAUGUUUGGUAUUGUCGAUGAAUAUAAUGUUCUUAAACCAGAUCAAGUAUUUAUUCAAUAUACAAUAUUAGGUAGAGAUCGAAAUAAUAAUAAAAGUAAAACUGAAAUUCUUGAUCAAUGUAAAGUUGUUAUUACAAAAAAUCCUUGUCAUCAUCCAGGUGAUAUUCGAACAUUUAUUGCUAUUAAUCAUCCAAAAUUAGAACAUUUAAAAGAUGUUGUUGUUUUUUCACAACAAGGUGAUCGUCCAGCUCCACAUGAUAUUAGUGGAUCAGAUUUAGAUGGUGAUGAAUAUUUAGUUGUUUGGCAUGAAGAUCUUGUUCCAAACAAAACGAAUAAUUCAUCUCCUUAUGAUUUUGAUUCACAAAUACCUGCUGACAACUUUCCUCGAUCUGUUACAAGAGAUGCCAUUAAUAAUACCAUACUUAGAAUAGCUGAACAAGAUUGUUUAGGACGAUUGUCUAAUUUACAUUUAGCUUUUGCUGAUAAAUUUGGUGUUGAUGAUGCUAAAAGACGAGCAGAAGAUAUUUUAUCAACAAUUGAAUUAGCUGGUGCAAUUAGUCAAGAAGUUGAUAGUGGUAAAACUGGUUAUCAUCCAUUGAGUGAAGAUAAAAUUUCUAGAUUGAAUAAUGUAUUAGAAAAUAAACGACCUGAUUUUAUGGAUAAUCCUUCUUUAGAACAAUAUGAAUCACCAUAUAUUCUUGGAAAACUAUAUCGUGCUUCCAAGAAAACCUUACCUGGAUGGAAUCGACUUCUUCGAUAUCAUCGUCAUUUAAGACAUUUACAAGUUCGAACACGAGAUGAUCUUGAAGAAGAUGACGAUGAAGAAGUUAGAAAUAAUGAUGAAGAAGCAAAGAUUGAACUUGAUCAAUCUCUUUUGGACGUUGUCGAUCGUCAACACUCUGGAUAUCGUGAGUGUGCCCAUUUUGCUAAAACAUUAGCUUCAGUUUAUCGACAAGAAAUUUUUGAAAUUCUUAAUCUUUAUGGUUUAUCACAUGAAAGUGAUUUAUGGUGUCGAAAUGUCAUUAAUGGUCUUACUGGUGAGCUUGAAGAUACUGCCUAUACAGAACUUGAACAACUCGUAAAUCGUACAAGAACUCGUUUCUUUAAUUAUCAAAUUAUUUAUUGUGAAAAAGGCAAAUGUCAUGAUGAUACACCAGUUUCGAAGUUAUGUGAUAUAUGUAGAAAACGACAGCAAUCUGUGGUUGUUGCUUGUUAUGAUGUCUGUUAUGCUGGAGAAUAUGCAUCAGAACAAGCACCAAUCUUAAGUUUACCAUGGUUAUUUGCUGCACCUCUUUUACAACAUCGAAUCGAUAAGAAAUCACCAUCAUCAGAAGGUUUACUAAGUAAAGCAAUGAAAAAAGCUCUUGAUAAAUUAGUUUCCGUUCAACAUCGACUUCGAUUAGAUGGCUGGAUCUUACGAUUUCAAACAUCGGGAAAAUGUUUCGUUGGUGAAGCUGAUGUCGAUUUGACAGUUUGUGCAUUCAUUGAAAUACUUCAACAAUGUAUUGGAUCAAAAAAAUAUCCACAUUGGUCUUGGAUAGUUAGCCGUUUUGUACGAAAUACAUCAUCGUUUGUACUCAAAUCAGAACAAUCUACACCAACUGAUGAAUGGGAACUCAUUUUACGAUCUCAUAAAAUAGAUGAGUACGAUGAAUAUGCUGGUUUACUCAUUUCGAUGGAUUGGACUGAAGAAGAAGAUCGUGUGAUGCAUGAUUAUUUCCAAAAUAUUCUUGACAUUUGUUUUGAUAAAGGACGACAAACAAAUGAUAUAGGUUUUCUCAAUAUCAGUGAAGCCGUUAUAUUACUAUUACAAAAAAUGGCUAUUAAUGAAACAAUUAUUUAG